AUGUUACGAAUGGUGGGAGAAUGGCCCUGGAUAUCUCCAUGCCGCGGCAGUUCUCAGCUAGCCCUGAGCCACGCCUUUCUCCCCGUGACAGACGCACCCCAAGGGCGAUGCGAGCACGUUCAACCAACCCGCGCUUUGGUUCUGAAGAUCUGUCAACUUUCUCCUUCAACUUCGCCGACGGCUGGAUUGAGAGCCCGUCAUCCGCUUUUGACCGAGUGGAGGAUCUUCGAAGCUCGUUGCCGGCGUCUGAGCCCCGCAUCUCCUCCACAACCGCGCCACUGCCCCUCUGCUCGAGGACUACUCUUGUUUCCUCAGGCUCCCGAAGAACAGAACAACCCGGAACACCCCCCGGAGCCUCCCCAGAAUGGCUUUGAGCCGCCGACCUCUCCCAACUUUGACCAGCAACAACCCGCCGACUUUUCCCUGCUCCUUCUCCAUAAUGUGACGCCCUUGCCUUCUCGUGAACCAUCGCCCCAGCCAGCCGAGAGCUCUGCCGUCGUGCUUCGCGCACCCCCUCCACACCAGAGCCGUGUCUCCGACGUCUCUAGCCUUUCUCUCCUUUCCGGCGAGGGCGAGAGUCCGCCUCCAUAUGAUGUCCGUAGCGAGGUGGCUCCGGCCCAUGAGUUCUUCACAGCCCAGUUCCAGUCGACGCUCCGGGAGGGGCUGGAGAUUGCAAAGGAUACGCUGCGGGAGUUGAAGAAGCUGGAUGGCCAUUUCCCGGGUGAUCCCGACUUAAAGAAGUUGCUAAACGACGCGUAUCAGCUGUCUGCCUUUGAGGGCUCGGAUACGAAGACGAUCGCCGUGCUGGGGGACUCGGGUGAAGGGAAGAGCAGUCUCAUUAAUUCCCUGCUGGACUUCCCCGGGAUUGCUAAAACCGGAGAUAUUGGUUCGGCAUGCACGUCCGUGGUCACCGAGUACAGGCAGAAAACCCGCGAGCACACCGCGCCCAUCACCAUCGAGGUCGAGCAUCUGUCUGCGCAAGCCAUCGAGGAUGUCAUCGGCGAGCUAGUGUGGAACUACCGUCAGCUGUACCUCCCGAGGAUUGUGGCUGAGGGUCCCUCGGGGUCUGACUACGCCCGGUGCCAGCGAGAGUCGGACCAGGCCUGGUCAGCCAUGGAGGCCGCAUUUGGCCACCACCAAGCUUUCACCGAGGAGAUGCUGCAGGACAUGUCAGAGGGUGCGCUGGAGAGGGUCACGGAGAAACUGGUCGCGUGGUCGCGCGAGCUUGAGUGGCCCGGCGGGGCCGACGGAUUCUGGCGGUCUACUGCGGAGAACGCGGAGGAAUGCGUCGAGAAGACGUCCGUUUUUAUGCAGGACCGGUACUGGCCGUUCACAAAAGUCAUCCGCGUUUACCUGAAUGCGCAGGUGCUCAAGACGGGCGUCGCCUGCAGGACACCAAUCUUCGCCCGGGUGCGCGCGACGCACGAUUAUCUGCUCCGGUGCCACCACAUCCUCAUCGUAGCCAAGAUCUCGCGGGCCAUCACGGAUGCCUCGCUGAAGUCAUCUCUCUUCUCGGUCCUCUCGCGCCACGUGCCCUUGGAGUGGGAGGAGACGGGGGCGAAGAGCUUGAAGAUUGCGGUCGUGUGCACGGGGAUGGAGGACAUCGACAUGCCAGCCGCAAGACGCGAGUUCUGCGGACCGGGCAAACCCAUCUCAACCGCUACCAUAGAAAGCCUUGACGCCCAAAUCGAAGACGCCAAAGCAGCAGACAACAGGGUGCUGAAGAAAGCCCUCAAGCAAAAAGUAGCCCCCCCGCUACCCACCCCCGAUUGGUCGCGCCGCGUCGGGCUCACACUCUCCCAUCGGAUAGCAAGGUGGAAAAUGCAUGCGUGCUCCUUCGUUGUUGCUCCACUCGCGGGGCUUGGUGCAUAG